AUGCAGGAUGCUUUGAAAGAAGAACCAGCUGGUGUUCCACCGAUUCCUGACGUUGAUUCAUCCACUACGGACGCAGUCAAAUUAAAAGAAGCAGGUACAAGUAGUGAAGCUCUCAAAUCCGCCCCGACCAACGAAGACAUCCCGAUGCAUGAGCCUAUUGAAGGAGAAGCUACCCAUGCCACUAAAGUCGAUGAUUUUAAUAAUUUCGACUUUAAUAUCUCAGAGGACGACCAUCAGCAAAUCCUGGAUUCUUUGUUAGAUAAAGCUUCUGGUCCAGCUAUCGGCUCAGAUAUUGGAAUUGGUUCUCUCGAAGCAGGUCCCUCUGAGAGACCAGUUACUGGAACUGAUACUACUAUCAUCACCGAAACAUCUGAACAACCGGAGGGUAGUGAACUCGUGCCAUGGGCAGGAACUGAGGUUGAUUUGCAAUCAUCAGUUCUUGAACCUCAACCUUCUACUCCUAUGGACCCCAUGAUGAUAGAAGUCACUGUCACUCCCCAGAUUAGUCCAGUUGCAACAAAAUACAAUUUGUGA